GCAUGUUGCGAGUCAGUGUGCGAGCGUUUUUUGAGGGAAUCUUCGAACGAGGAACUGGUUGUCUCAUGGUUUGACUUUAUACAGAACCUGUGUGAAAGGAGUCGAAAAUCGUACUCGGAUACAGCGAACAAAUAAAAGAUGUUUUCUCCCCGGGCGUCUGCUGGAUCGGCUCGCAGGCCGACCUCCAGAGCGGCCGGUAGAAAGAGCCUAGCCGGUACCCCGACGGGACUGUUCUCGCCGGUCCGGAGAGCGUCUCUGCCGGCGAGAGCGACUCCCACGCGGGCCCAGUACACGGCCACCGCCGAGAACUUCGACCUGCAGGGCUUCGGCUCUUCGUUGCCCGUGAAAGUGAUGGAGGCCCUGACGAUGGCCGAAGAGGAGGAGGAGAUCAGCACGCGGGUGGACCAGAGUGGCUGGGCCUGGCUGGUGUGCGGAGAGAGUCUUAUUAUCUGGAAGAUCGGGCAGACUGCUGUGGCAAAGUUAUCGGUCUGCAAGGAGCUGCAGCUGCCGCCCAGUGACUUUGCCGGCUCUGCAGAUCUGGUCGCCCUGUCGUGCCAGGGCUCUGGCGAGGGGGCUCCUGUACAGGCGAUUGCAGUGAUGGCUGUGACCCGGGAGGGGACGGUGCGCUACUGGCCCAGCCUGGUCCACGAAGGCACCUAUACCGAGACUGUCGCAGACCUGGGCGGAAACCUCUGUAGCUUCCUGACAGCAGUCAAGGUAGCUUCGACCACAGAGGGCUCGUCCAAGAUGGAGACAAUAGCACAGGAAGACAAAACCAAGCUUCUGAAAACGGCUUUUCUGCAUUUCUGCCGGAAGGACCUGAUGCAGGCGCAGAACAUGGUGGAUGAAAUCUUUCCUCCCGAUGGUGAUCCAGACUCGAACACUGAGCUGGACCAGGUAGUGACCCAGAUUGACCUCGACCUUAUUGAUGAUUACCCUGCGAUGGACCCACGAUGGGCAGAGUCUGUGCCUGACGAGACGAGUGGGUUCAGUCUCACAUCCUUGAUCCUUCUCCACCAGCUGGAGGACAAAAUGAAAGCUCACUGUUUUUUCAUGAACUUCCUCCUUGAAGACAUGCUGCUGGCUGCUGGCCAGUACAGAGAAACCAAAGUUUCUCUGUACAAGCCUCCUGGUUACGAGACAAUUGAGCCAGAGUACAUCCCCUGGACAGCUUCCAGCGCCCCCGGUGGGGUGCGAGCCGUCAUCGUUCGCCAGCACGAGGUCAUCCUGAAGACGGUCUACCCCCAGGCCGACACCGAGCUGCGCAACACCCUCAACGAGCAGCUGGUGGCGCUGCUGGAUUCCUACCUGGAUGGAUACGUGACCCAGCUCAAGUCUUUAAAUCGGCCCAGCGACCCGGAGCGAUACAACAACCUGGAGAUGGAGUACACCCAGCGGCGCUCCGAGCUGCUGUCUCCGCUCUGUGUCUUGUACAAGAUACCGAUCGGUUUGGCGUCAUCUGACUUGCAUCUUUUCUGUUUCAAGGAUGGUGCCGUUGACAUUGAAGGGCUCAAAUGUGAAAUCCUUUGCAAGGCUCUCCAGAGAGACGACUGGUCCUCUGUGGAUGGGAGCGACGACCCAGUCGAAGCAGCAAAGGACAGCAUCUUUGUCAAGAUCUUGCAGAAGCUCAUUAAAGAGGGGGUUUGUCUGCAGACUUACUUGCCUGACGUCGAUGCCCUGCUUCAGUCAGAAGAGCUGGAGAGACUGCGGUCCAAGACCUACUUUGAGUUUGCUCUGCGGGCCAACUAUGAACACUAUCUGCAAGCCCAGACAUGAGCUGACCGAGCGCCUCUCCCAACUGUGACUCCACUCAGCUCGUGGCCUCCCGGGCCCUUCGUUUUUAGUCUUCUAAAAACUAAUUUCCCAUUUUGUAAUAAACUUUGCCGAAUUUCUGUUCUCUCCCCUGUUCUUCGUCGUCAUCCGAAAGUCCUAGCACAAAGCUUAAUGGAGUUGAAGCAAGGGCAGAGUUUGUUUAUAUGUUUAUUAUUAAAAGAUUUUCAAUUUUCUGUAUAAAGCAACUGUUUAUAGUUUACAGUUACAAUGAAUAGUAAUGGAGACUUACUAAAAUAUUGUUACACA